UCCACCAUGUUAACAAGAAGCAGUGUGGUCUACAUUGGAGGCAGGCCCAGAGCACAUGUAACAUUUGUCCGCCCAUCUGUCUAUUGUUGUGGGAAGGAGCAGAAUCAAUAAGAAUAUGAGAAAAGAAUGUCUCUGAUGGGACAAAGGCCUGUAAUCUUUUCUGAGGAUAUGCACUUUGAGGACGUGGCCAUUGUCUUCUCCCAGGAGGAGUGGGGGCUCCUUGAUGAGGCUCAGAGACUUCUGUACUGCGAUGCAAUGCUGGAAAUCUUUGCACUUGUAGCAUCUGUGGAUUGUUGGUGUAAAAUGGAUGAUGAGAUGGCCCCUCAUGAGGAGAUUGUAUCUAUAGAAGGAAAAUCAGAGAUCAGGGAUUCUAAGACAGCUCCAGGAUCCCAGAAGACCCAUCUCUGUAAGCAGUGUGUCUCAGUGUUAAAUAUAUUGCACCUGAUUGAGUUACAAGCAGCAAACCUUGAACAUAAAGCAUUCUUCAGUGAUGCAUGUGUGAGAGGCUUGUGUUCUAGUGCAAACCUUCACCAGCCACAGAGCGAUGUUAGUAGAGAAAAGCUCUGGAAAGAAGAUGUGGACAGGGUCUCCGCUAUGACCAGGGGCUGCUUCUACUUAUCAGGGGUGUCUUUAACCAAUAGGAAGGUUGGGGAAGACAUCGCAUCCAUCUCAAGGCUUCUCCAGCACCAGGCCACGAAUACCACAGAGGAGCCACACAGUAGCAAUGAGAUUUGGCAGGAAUUUGGCAGACAAAAAAGGCCUCACCAGUGGGGUGAAUGUGAGAAGCCGGCCUCCCACCACCAGAAAGUUGUUCAGUGUCAGGGUGUAUGUUCUGGAGAAGGGCUUUAUGAGUGUAACAAAUGUGGGAAAGUUUUUAGACAAAUCUUUAACCUCAUUCAACAUACGAGAUUUCACACUGGAGUAAUGCCGUCUGAGUGUAGUGAUUAUGGCAAGUCCUUCAGCCAAAGCUCUGCCCUCAUUCAACACGAGAGAAAUCACACUGGAAAAAAGUGGUAUGAGUGCAGUGUUUGUGGUAAAUGCUUUAGCCGCAAAUUUAUCCUCAUUCAACAUCAUAGAGUUCACACUGGAGAAAAGCCGUAUGAGUGCAGUGUUUGUGAGAAAUCCUUCAGUCGAAAGUCUACCCUCAUUGAACACCAGAGAAUUCACACUGGAGAAAAGCCGUAUGAGUGUAGUCAUUGUGGGAAGUUCUUCAGUCAAAAGUCAACCCUCCUUCAACACCAGAGAGUUCACACUAAAGAGAAGCCAUUUGAGUGUAAUAAUUGUGGGAAGUUAUUCAGUAAAAGUACUUUCCUCAUUCAACACCAGAGAGUUCACACUGGUGAAAAGCCAUAUGGAUGUAGUGAUUGUGGAAAGCCCUUUCGUCAAAGGUCUACCCUCAUUCAACACCAGAGAGUUCACACUGGAGACAAGCCAUAUGAGUGUACUGAUUGUGGGAAGUUCUUCAGUGAAAGUACUCUCCUCAUUCAACACCAGAGAGUUCACACUGGAGAAAAGCCUUAUGGGUGUAGUGAUUGCGGAAAGUCCUUCACUCUAAGGUCUACCCUCAUUAAACACCACAGAGUUCACACUGGAGAAAAGCCGUAUGAGUGUAGUGAUUGUGGGAAGUCCUUCAGUCAAAAGUCUACACUCAUUCAACACCACAGAGUUCAUACUGGAGAAAAGCCGUAUAAGUGUACUGAUUGUGGAAAGUUCUUCAGUGAAACCACUGUCCUCAUUCAACACCAGAGAGUUCACACUGGAGAAAAGCCGUAUGGAUGUAGUGAUUGUGGGAAAUCCUUCCUUCGAAGGUCUACCCUUAUUCAACACCAGAGAGUUCACACUGGAGAAAAGCCAUAUCAGUGUACUUAUUGUGGGAAGUUCUUCGGUGAAAGCUCUACCCUCAUUAAACACCACAGAGUUCACACUGGAGAAAAGCCCUAUGAGUGUACUGAUUGUGGGAAGUCCUUCAGUCGAAGGUCUAAACUCACUAAACACCAGAGAGUUCACACUGGAGAAAAGCCAUAUGAGUGUAGUGAUUGUGGGAAGUCCUUCAGUCAAAGGUCUGCCUUCAUUCAACAUCGCAGACUUCAUACUGGAGAAAAGCUGUAUGAGUGCAGUGUUUGUGGUAAAUGCUUUAGCCGCAAAGUUGCACUCAUUGAACAUCAGAGAGUUCACACUGGAGAAAAGCUGUGUAUAUGAAUGUACUCCUCAUUCAUCACCACAAACUUCACACUGGAGAAAAGCUGUGUGAGUGUACUGAUUGUGGGCAUCAUUCAUUCAGGCAAAGCUCUACUCCCAUUCAUUAUCAGAGAGUUCACUCUGGAGGAAAACUAUAUGAAUGUAAUGAAUGUGGCAAAUUCUUUAGACAGCA